GAUGACGGCACUGCAAGUGUCUUCACUGGGACCAUCACUGGACUGACAGCAGAGGAUGCUGGGAAAUACUGGUGUGCAGUGACAUUAGAGAGAGACGUGAAUUAUCUUUACACUCAUCUGAUCGUCAUCAUGAACGAGGGUGAGGAAGGUUUAUCAUCUGAAUAUGUCAAACUAUGGCUGUGAAUUGAUGUUCUUCUAUUUCUCAUCAUUUCCAGAGCUGAACUUGACUAAGUAUGAAGGAGACGACAUGUCAAUCCAGUGCAAACAUCAUGAUGAACAUCAGAAACUCUUCUGCAAAGCACAUGAACCCUCCAUGUGUGUGAAGGAUGGAGUUUCAUUGGAGACGAUCAGAGAUGAUCGAUUCUCUUUCAGUGAUGAAGCUUCUACUGGAGUCUUUACUGUGAACAUCACUGAUCUGAGAGAAGAGGAUUCUGGGAUAUACUGGUGUGGAGCUCACAUCAUCACUGAAGUGCACUUAAAGGUCAACAAGGAUAAGGAUAACGAUUCCUCCAUGAUCAUCAUUAUUUGUGUGUGUGUGAUUCUGCUGCUGAUUGGUGGAUUCACUCUGACUGUGUGUAAAUUAAGACACAAGAGACGAGGAAGAACCUCAACAUCAGACAAGAGAAAGAGGAAGAAAAAUAUAAUGUCAUCAUGUGCAGACAGCAGAUGUGAUUCUCUCACAGAUCCUGGAUCAGCUCAGUUGAACAGUCAUGAACUACCCACAAUCCCCUCUGAUGGUCUCAUUUAUGCGUCUGUCAGUUUCCAGAAGCAUGAAGAGGCUCUCAGUGACGCUACAGUCUCCUUCAGUAAGGACGAUAUUUACUCUGAUUACGCCACGGUCAGUCACCGCAUGAGACUCAACUAACUCACUUAUAACAGAUCACAGAUCAGCACACUUUACUAACAGUAUUGCUUAUGUUUACAGUUCAUUGAUAAAAAUCUCUUUAUAAUCUACAGUUUAGUGUUAAACAGAUGUUUUAUUGAUCAGGGUCGUUCAGUCUGUUGAAUCAUGAGACACUUUAAAGUUUCCUCUGCUGAUCAUGUUUCUUCUUUCACGUGUUUAAAAUAGCAGGUGUUUUAGAGGUUUACUGGUGUGUGUACAGAGUUUGUCGUCUCAGUUUAUCUGAGGGUGUGAUAAAAACAGGAAAUAAAACCACUGAGUGACACUUAUAGAAUAAACUGUAAAGUUUCCACUCCAAAUGCAGAGACACUAUAGUUAAUAAAGUCUCUUUAACAGCAGCUGUUUAAAUGUUUUCUCUUUCUCGUCUCUGAAUAUUGAUUCUCUUUGACCUGAUUUUGUUUUGUACAUGCAAGAGACUUUUGCUGAUGUUGUUUUUAGUUCAGUCUUGCUCUGUUGGAACUGUGGUUAUGCAGAGUUUUACUGCAUAAUCAUAUCUUUUAUUCAUUGAACAAUAAACAUUUAUAUUUUCUGCUUA